GGAGCGGGAGCGCGGCGCACGCCCCGGCCAGUCCAGCGAGCAAGCGGGCGAGCGGUGAGGAGGAGGGAAGCGGGGAGGCGAGGCCGCAGAGGCGGAGGGAUCUGCGCAUCAAAGCUAGCGAGGCGAGCGAAGUUUGGCUGGGGGUUGGACUUUCCUUCCCGGAGGCGGCACCCAAACAGCAACCCCGUGCGGAAACCCAAACUUUCUGCUGCCACUCCGAGUCUCGCGGCCGCCGCCUCCGCCCCGCGUUCGGGGCCUUCCCGACCCGGCAUCGCUGCCGCCCGCCCCGCGGUCCUUCUCUCCGCUCGGAGAGCCGCUCCGGGCCGCAGGGCCGCGCGCCGAGCCCCGCAGGCUGCAGCGCCGCGGCCCGGCCCAGCACACUGGCAAGUUCGCCGAGAGUUGAGGCGAAGUUUGGGCGGCCGCAACCGGCCCGGGCCGAGCUCUCCUCUGCAACCCCGGCGUCUCGCCGAGCCCAGCCCCGCCGGGGGCGCCCCUCGUCGCCCGCGCGCCCCUCCCAGCCAUGUCGUCCAUCCUGCCUUUCACCCCCCCGAUCGUGAAGCGCCUGCUGGGCUGGAAGAAGGGCGAGCAGAAUGGGCAGGAGGAGAAGUGGUGUGAGAAGGCAGUCAAGAGCUUGGUCAAGAAGCUCAAGAAGACGGGGCAGCUGGACGAGCUGGAGAAGGCCAUCACCACGCAGAACGUCAACACCAAGUGCAUCACCAUCCCCAGGUCUCUGGAUGGCCGGCUGCAGGUGUCCCAUCGGAAGGGGCUCCCUCAUGUCAUCUACUGCCGCCUGUGGCGAUGGCCGGAUCUGCACAGCCACCAUGAGCUGCGGGCCAUGGAGCUGUGUGAGUUUGCCUUCAACAUGAAGAAGGACGAGGUCUGCGUGAAUCCCUACCACUACCAGAGAGUGGAGACGCCAGUUCUACCUCCUGUGUUGGUGCCACGCCACACAGAGAUCCCGGCCGAGUUUCCCCCGCUGGACGACUACAGCCAUUCCAUCCCCGAAAACACUAACUUCCCCGCAGGCAUCGAGCCCCAGAGCAAUAUUCCAGAAACCCCACCCCCUGGCUACCUGAGUGAAGAUGGAGAAACCAGUGACCACCAGAUGAACCAUAGCAUGGACGCAGGUUCUCCAAACCUAUCCCCAAAUCCGAUGUCCCCAGCACACAAUAACUUGGACCUGCAGCCCGUCACCUACUGCGAGCCGGCCUUCUGGUGCUCCAUCUCCUACUAUGAGCUGAACCAGCGCGUUGGGGAGACCUUCCAUGCGUCUCAGCCAUCUAUGACAGUGGACGGCUUCACUGACCCCUCCAACUCGGAGCGCUUCUGCCUGGGCCUGCUCUCUAACGUCAACAGAAAUGCGGCCGUGGAGCUCACUCGGAGGCAUAUCGGGAGGGGUGUGCGGCUCUACUACAUUGGCGGGGAGGUCUUCGCAGAAUGCCUCAGCGACAGCGCUAUUUUUGUCCAGUCUCCCAACUGCAACCAACGCUACGGCUGGCACCCAGCCACCGUCUGCAAGAUCCCACCAGGCAAGGCCUACCUCUCCACGCCAUCUCCCUGUUACAAAAGCCUGACUUCUCAUAGCUCUGGAAGCCGGAGCUUGCAGGACAGCCUUGAUUUCCCUUUGGCAGGUUGCAACCUGAAGAUCUUCAACAACCAGGAGUUCGCCGCCCUCCUGGCCCAGUCUGUCAACCAGGGCUUUGAGGCCGUCUACCAGCUGACCCGGAUGUGCACCAUCCGCAUGAGCUUCGUCAAAGGCUGGGGUGCGGAGUACAGGAGACAGACAGUGACCAGCACCCCCUGCUGGAUCGAGCUGCACCUGAAUGGGCCUUUGCAGUGGCUUGACAAGGUCCUUACCCAGAUGGGCUCCCCAAGCAUCCGCUGUUCCAGCGUGUCUUAGAGACAUCCCGUGUGAAGGGGGAGGGUGGGGAGGGCGGGCUUGGGGAAAAUGGCCACGUGGGAAGUGGAGAAAAUUGGAACUCUACUCAACCCAUUGUUGUCAAGGAGGAAGGUUUUCUUCCUGAACUAAAGUGGCACCAACCUGUUUUCCAAAACACAAAAGCAAACCCAGAGGUGGAUUUUAUAAACAGUGUGUCUGCUGAACAUACCUUGCCCUUUGGUGCCAGCUUGAAGGGUAAGAAGUGGCUUCUGCUCUGGUGGCUUGAGUGAACAGAACAGGUAGUGUUUCUGCCCCUCCCUCAGCUGCCUUUUUUUAAUGACAGCAGUCUGGGAUGUCACGGUCCAACUGGAAAUGCCCUUCUGUCCAGGACUGGAUUGUAGAGUUCACCUUGGAAGGGUGUUCUUGGUAGGAAAAGCCUGCAGGGUCAUAAACAGACCUCAUGCCCAGCUCUCAGCGCUUCUGAUAAAGCUUCAAGUGAACACUCCUGACCAAGCCUCACCACUACAGGAGACCCCAAGCCUCAGGAGCCGGAGGGACUUGGGAUGGGGAGGAGGCUUGUCAGUCUCCCUCCCCUCUGGGAACAUACUGAUUGGCACAUAUUCAGCAGAACAUGUGCACAGGACAGUGGGAAUUGGUGAGAGCCACCUCUUCUUUAAAAACUUUAACAUAUCCUUUUUUCACUUUGAAAAGUUGGAAGGAUCUGCUGAGGCUUAGUGCGAUGCAGUGUAUAGUUUCUAUUAUCACAUUAAUCUCAAAGAGAUUUGAAUGAUGGUAAGUGUUCACAGGAAGCAGGGGGCCGUAGUCUCAGUAUGGUGUUUAGGCUGAGGCCACACCAUCCUGAGUGCGUCCCUGGUCAUCUGUAAAAGCUCACUCCAGAUUCUGAUGCAUACGGCUAUAUGGUUUAUGUAGUCAGUUGCAGUAAUUAAAUCAACUUUAUCAUAUGCUC